AUGCAGGAUUUCCUUAAGAGGGAUUCGAAGGCAUCACUUUACAUCCUAGGAUCAUUGGAAAAAUCAGUUUUGGAUUCAGUCAAGGAUGUAUGCACCUCAGAUGGUAAAAUGGAUAAGCUUACUGAAUUGUUCAACAGGCAGCUGACACAUGCACACUCUGAUGUAGUGGGUCAGAUCCAUAACUGUAAGAUGUCCCAAGGGACUCCAGUGAUGGACCACGUCAUGCAAAUGAUUAAUCUGUUUGAGAAACUGGAAUCCAUGGGGAUUGCUUUUUGUCUACGAUACAAGACUAAUGUGAUCUUGACAUCACUCAUUUAUGCCUAUGUACCCUUUAAGAUAUCCUAA